UUUGGCGGUUCGAUUUUAAUAUGGCCGAAGCAAGUAACGCCGACGUUGGCAGCGGCUGUGAGGAAAAAGGGCCCGAGGGGUUGUCCCCCGAAUCCGUGCCCCACGGCACUACCAUUUCCAGGAUGAAGCUCCUCGACACCACAGUGGAUACUUUUCUCCAGAAGCUGGUUGCCGCUGGGAGCUACCAGAGAUUCACUGACUGUUACAAGUGCUUCUACCAGUUGCAACCUGAGAUGACACAACGAAUCUAUGACAAGUUUAUAACUCAGUUGCAGACAUCUAUCUGGGAGGAAAUCUCUGAAAUCAAAGCAGAGGGAAACCUGGAAGCUGUCUUGAAUGCCUUGGAUACAAUUGUGGAAGAAGGCAAAGACCGAAAGGAGCCAGCCUGGCGCCCUAGUGGGAUCCCAGAGAAAGACCUGCGCAGCAUCAUGGUGCCCUACUUCCUGCAGCAGCGGGAUGCCCUGCAGCGCUGUGUGCAGAAACAGGAGGCUGAGAACAGGCAGCUGGCAGAUGCCGUCCUGGCUGGGCGCAGGCAGGUGGAGGAGCUGCAGCUGCAGGGCCAGGCCCAGUGGCAGGCUUGGCAGGCUCUACACAGAGAACAGAAGGAGCUGGUGACCACACUGAGGGAGCCUGAGUAAGGGGGAGAUGGCCAGGCCCAGGAGCAGAAGGUGGUCAAGGUCAAGGACCUGUGCAAGCUGCCUCUCAGAACAGCUGAAAUGUUGCCUAGUCCCUAAGCAGUGAUGGAAUUUGCUGGCGUGGGGGGUGGGGGGUGGCGGCAAGGCCUGAGCAGUCCUCAGUGCUACUGUACCUUGGGGCUCUCUUGGAGUCACACACACAUUGCCUUCAGAUUCCUCUGUUUUAUUCUAACUUGAGGAUUCUUGGCCAGGUCCCACCUGAGAAUCAGCACCAUACCUUCUCUCCUCUAGGUUCUGGCCAACACCUCUACUCCCCCCCAACCCCCAACAACCACCACCACCACCACCACCACCACCACACACACACACACACACAUCCCCGCCACGCCUACCAGUUCCUUUUGCCUCCCUAGGACCUCGUUUGGGGAAUCUGUUUUCAAUCUCCACUGAUUGCCCCCUUGCUGGCCAGCUGAGGGCCCAUGCCAUGUUUUCUCCACAUCCUUAAAUAAACUUCCUCCACUACACUGUAAUCUGUAAGGAUGCUUCCUCUGCCUGGGGCACUUGUGGGCCAAGACCCCCUCCUGGGCUCCUGAGUUCUGGUUCCUCAAGGCCUCAGUUGCAGUUCACUGAGAGCCUCCAGUCUCGGGUGGGUUGGCAGGGGAGUAUCUGACUAUCAUGUGCAGAGGAGCAGUGAAGCCCCUUGUCACAGAAACCGGGACCCCUGGGUUCCUUGAGGCCAGGACAAGCUUUCAGGGGAGUGUCACUCCGACCACGCCAGCCCACUCUUCUCUUUGCUGGUUUGGGUUAAUUCUGAGGAAGGCUUUGAGGGUGGGCCUCAGUUUGCAUCUAAUGAGUACACACGAAGGGCAGGUGGGCCCUCCAAACAGCUGGGCGCUUUGUUCUCUCGUUUCUCAUGCCUAACUCAGCCAGGGCUAGCAGAGCAUCAGGAGGGUCUCAGCAAAGGCAGAAUAUGUGGUUUCUCCAGACCAGAGGGUGAAGGGGGAGGGGAUGUAGGGCAAACUUUUUUCCCUGGUGAGGGUCUCACCCUAACUCUGGAGGGGGGCUUGGUUGGGUCUGUCUAGGAGCACUGGGACACUGAGGAAGAUAGCAGGUGUUCCCUGCUUGCCACCCUCACCCUGACCCCCUAAAUUGAGCCCAUGGCUCUUGUCUCCCCCUGGAGUUGCAGCAUUCAACCAUCCAGAUGCCCUCUUGUCCCCUCCUGACCAGUCACAGGCCCUCGGGGGCACAGGGACAUGCUUUGUCAGGUGAGUGGGU